GCGGCUUUAGGACCAAGUGUGAUGGGGAAACUCUGUGAGAGACACACAGAGAUAAACAGGGUCGAGGAGCAGUCUGUCAGUCAGUUAGUCGCGCGCGCGCUGCCGCAGCAUCACUAUUAUAAUGAAUGAGAGCAAAGUGCUGUAAGAAAAAAGCAGCUCUGAAAGUGGAUGCAGAUUCAUCGGUUUUAAUCGGGAACCAAAAAAAGAGGCUAAAGAUUAGCACUUUAUCUCCAGGAUUGUUUACGAAGCAGACAUGGAAUAUCCAGCUGGACAAACUUCACUGACAUUAAUGUUGCUUAUUUUAACAGUAAUCAGGAUCACUCUUGCUCUCUUGGAUAGAACUGUAGAGGCAAGUUUUCCGUUGCCGUUAAAUCCUCAUCACUCAAGUCCAGCAGAAGCAAGCCGAGCCGUCACCUCCUGCGAUUUUGAAUCUCCUUGUUCCUGGAUCAUGUCCAAUCACAGCGCUCGCGGAGACUGGUAUGUCACAUCGCCUCAGCAACACUGGAACGGCCAACGGGGUAUCCAACCAAUCACAGAUCACUCGAAUGGAGAUUCUAAAGGUCACUUCCUGGUUCUGAGGUCUGGAUCUUCUUUGUGGGCUUCUGGGAGUUGCACAUUCCAUAUUUCAAGUCCUAUAGUGCAAAACAGUGGCCCUCAGUGUCAGCUUCAUCUGGCUUACUUCCAGUCUGAACCGAAAACAGGAAACUUGUCUGUGUCCAUAAAACUCAUGGAUUCUGCCGUUGUCAACUCACUGACUUCAAUCAGCAGGGAAAAAGCUGGCAUUAGGGCAUCUUGGGAGGUAUUGGAGGCAUCAAUAGGGAAAAUUGAUGAGCCCUUCCAGGUUACAGUGCAGUACACUUCUUGUAGUGGUCAUGAUCUUGGACUACUGGCUAUUGAUUCAUUGGAGCUGAAGGGCUGUAACCUGGAAAGCAGAGCUUUGGAUGAAAUGGCUCCAGAUUGUGUGGAGAACUCAGCCAUUCGCUGUGAUUUGGGCAGCUGUAUAGAUAAAAGCAAAGUGUGUGAUUUUUACAGUGAUUGCCCUCUAGGCGAGGAUGAAGGAUUCAUUUGUGAUACAUUGCCUUUGGGGUCAUACUGUUCAUUUGAGACAGGUUCCUGUGGAUGGACAGUCUCUGGUACACAGUCUUCAUGGAACCUGGUCAGUGGAGAACAACUAUCCAGAAGUACUGACCUAUUAGGAACAACACUUCAAAACACUCAAGGACACUUCCUGUUCCUGAAGGUCAGAGGCAAUGCUAAUAGAAAUGAGGCAUCAAUUUACAGCCCUGCACUUCCUGUGACUCAGUCUAGACAAGGCUGCCAGUUGCACUUCUCCCUGUAUCUCUUUGGGGAUUUUAACGGCACGGUGCGUCUGUCGGUGGUCGAGAACGGUACUUCAGUGACUCCUUUAGUGUGGGAGAGGGCUGGACAUUGGAAGGACAGCUGGCAGGAUGUCACUCUACAGAUCACUGACCUGCUAAAUGGGUUCCAUCUAAAAGUGCAUGCCCUGUGGGCUGCCGACUCAGAAGCUGACAUUGCGCUGGAUGAUGUUUCUUUAAGUGCAACAUGUUUUGAACAAGAUCUAAAAGCUCUGCUUCUUGGUCGUCAACAUGAUUUGGACUCCAUCAGCCAGUUAGACUUCCCGAGUCCUCUUCUUGAGCCUUCUGCCUUAGAGGUGUCCCAGAUGACGUGGUUGUUCACCUCAUGUGGAGCCAGUGGACCUCAGGGCCCUACUCAAGCGCAGUGUGACAGUGCUUAUCGCAACACCAACAUUAGCGUGCUGGUUGGAAAAGAAGGCUAUCUCAGAGGUGUUCAGAUGUGGAGAGUACCUGCUACCAACAGAUACAAGAUCUCAGCAUAUGGAGCUGCUGGAGGCAAAGGGGCAAAAAACCAUAACAAACGCUCGCAUGGGGUCAUCAUUUCAGCCAUCUUCCAGCUGGAGAAAGGGGAAAUCCUCUACCUCCUGAUUGGUCACCAGGGAGAAGAUGCUUGCCCAGGGAGGAACCCUCUGACACACAAGGUCUGCCUAGGUGAAUCUUCUGUGAUCGAGGACAGGUUCAAAGGUGACGGAUCUGCUACGGAAUGGGCCGGAGGUGGAGGCGGCGGCGGGGGCGCCACAUUCAUUUUCCACAUGGAGAACGGGGAGCCAGUGCCUCUGCUGAUAGCAGCAGGUGGAGGAGGGAAUGGCUAUCUGGAGGAGCCUGAGAGCAGUUUGGAUCAGAUCCCUCUGGAACAGUAUGAGAACGACACAGUGGCCUCUGGGGUCAACGGCAGAACUGGAGCAGCAGGAGCGGGAGGCGGUUGGAAAGACUCUACUACUCACAUGUGGGCAGGGAAAUCUCUGUUUGAAGGGGCAGAAGGUGGCUCACCUUGUCCUCAGGCACUGUCUAAACUUGGCUGGGCAACAUUCGGCGGGUUUGGAGGAGGAGGAGGAUCCUGUACUUCUGGAGGAGGUGGUGGAGGAUUCAGAGGUGGUGACGUGUCCCGCACUGAUGACCUCACAGCCGAUGGACAGGAUGGCAUUUCUUUUGUCCACCCUUCAGGAGAGCUUUUUCUACAGCCUCUGGCAGUUAUGGAGAGUCAUGGUGAAGCUGCAAUUGAAGUACAUCUAAACUGCAGUCACUGUCAGUCUCAGAGCUGCAAACGUGAUGAAGAUAGCAAGUUCAUCAUCUGCUUGUGUCAUAACGAUGAGAUUCUUGCUCCAGACAAUGUCAGCUGUAUAGAUAUACAGGGUUCCACGGUCGCCGGACACCCGUCCUUGUCUCUGAUAGUGGCGGUGGUGGCGUCCGCUGUGGUGACGGGUGUUGUGUUGACCUGUGCUUGCCUCACUCUCAUGUACUACCGCAAGAAGAACCACCUUCAUGCGGUCCGGAUAUGUUUGCAGAGCCCUGAACACAAGCUGAGCAAGAUUCGCUCUUCCAUCAUCAUGACUGACUACAACCCUAACUAUUGCUUUGCUGGAAAAGCUGCAUCACUGUGUGAGCUAAAGGAGGUUCCACGCAAGAACAUCACCCUCCUCAGGGCUUUAGGGCACGGUGCUUUUGGGGAAGUGUAUGAAGGUCAGGUUCUGGGAAUGAACGGAGAAAACACUGCCAUGCAGGUUGCUAUCAAGACACUUCCAGAAAUCUGUUCUGAACAAGAUGAGAUGGAUUUCCUCAUGGAGGCACUAAUUAUGAGUAAGUUCAACCAUCAGAACAUAGUGCGCUGUAUUGGAGUCAGUCUUCAGAUCCUGCCCAGAUUUAUUCUUCUGGAGCUCAUGACUGGGGGAGAUAUGAAGAGCUUUCUGAGACAGAACCGCCCCAGAGCUAAUCAGCCCUCUUCUCUGUCGAUGCUGGAGCUGCUACACAUGGCCAGAGACAUCGCAUUCGGCUGCCGAUAUCUGGAGGAGAAUCACUUUAUUCAUAGAGACAUCGCUGCACGGAACUGCCUGUUGACUUGUCCUGGGCCAGAGAGAGUGGCCAAAAUUGGAGAUUUUGGGAUGGCUCGUGACAUAUACAGGGCCAGUUACUACAGGAAGGGUGGUCGUGCCAUGCUGCCUGUGAAAUGGAUGCCGCCUGAAGCCUUCUUAGAGGGCAUUUUCACUUGCAAGACUGAUACAUGGUCAUUUGGUGUAUUGCUGUGGGAGAUCUUCUCCCUGGGCUACAUGCCAUACCCCUGUAAGACCAAUCAGGAGGUGCUGGAGUUUGUGACAAGUGGAGGACGCAUGGACCCACCUAAGAGUUGCCCAGGACCAGUUUACCGGAUUAUGACACAGUGUUGGCAACACUGCCCAGAACAUCGACCUAACUUCUCAGCUAUUUUAGAGAGGAUCAACUACUGUACUCAGGACCCAGAUGUUAUAAAUACGCCCCUUCCAGUGGAGUAUGGGCCAAAUGUGGAUGAAGAGAGCAGUGCUGUUAUUCGUCCAGUAGCAUCUGGCAGCGUGACUCCUCUUCUAGUGAGUCGAUCAGUGGAUGCACCAGUGCAGCCUGCAAUCUUUACGCCACUCCCUCAGGUCCAGAAACCCCGACUGCUGUUACAGCGGCCACCCCAAAUGCUUCAGGAGGUGACCAUACAUGAAGCUUUGGAGCCUUUAUGGGCUGAGCCACCUUCUGCUUCCGGAGCCUGCUCAAGCUCCUGGUUGCAGGUCCCAGAGCACCAACCAUGUUCCCGAUCUAGGUCCUCCUCAGGAAGCCAAAAACUAAAGAACAACACCAAGAAUCUUUGGAACCCAACUUAUGGUUCAUGGAUUUUGGAGAGCUUUGGGAGGACAGCCAUUUCCCAUACCCAAUCCGUGCCUUUGUCCUGUACCCCCACUGCUCCGACUCAUUUUACCUCAACCUCAGAACAUACGGACUCUGGAACUGAAGCUAAUGUGUCACCAUGCUCAAAUUCAUCACCAGCUCCCUCUCAGACAAGCUCAAGUCCUUCAGGACCUUUGAGUCUCACUUCAAGAAAAGGUGCACCUGGGGCUGUAGGGGGUUCACUUGCUGCUGUCAUGGACUUGGCUAAGCUCCAGAGCUUCCCUUGUGGCAAUGUAAAUUAUGCGUAUGAUGAGCAGAGCUAUGAAGCUGAGAGUCUACCCCUGGUAGUUGCCAGGUCUCCAAAACCCAGCAGUAGUUCUGCAGCUAGCUCCUCUCUAACAGCACUGGGCCUGGCUUUCUCCGUUACUCACAAACCAUUGGUCAAGCGUCAUGCCAGCUACGGACACGAAGAUGUCAGGAGGCAUACGAAGGCCGAGAAACCCACACGGGACAGAGACUCAGGCUUCUCAUUGUCAGAAGAUCUUAGUGUUACUCCUGUGUAGCACUUUCACAUGCUGGACUAAACCCAGAUAUAAUACAGAAAAAACAUCGUAGCUUACUUCAUUCAGGUUGCCUCGCCUUGAACUAAUUGGGAGGCCAGAGACACUGCUGUUGUGUGAAUGGGUAAUUCAACAAAAGCACCUUGUGUGUAUAUUACAGAAACGUUUAAACAUCACUGGAGGGCAUUACUUCCAUUCUGAUUACUGACAUGUUCAAUCAACACCCCUACACACAAACUACAUAAAACAUGUGCUUAGAGGCACUUUUUUAUAUAAAUCUGUCCCUGAGUGGCAUCAUAGAGUGAGUUUUACAGAACAUUGUGAAGGUUGUAUAUGUAGGUAUGUGUUUCCUGAGUUUUUCAUUUAAUGAGCCAAUUGAGAAUUUGGGCAUUUGUCAGAUUAGUUGAAACAAAAUAGUACAAACAGUAACCUGACCCUGGCUAGUUCCCAUUCCCUAACAAAAUAAGGAACUUGUCUGUGUAUUUUAUUUAGCUUUUAUUGUUUUCUGUAGUAGAUUCUGCUUUGGUUUCCAGUUUCCAUUAAAAUGAUGGUGUGUACAGCAUGCAGAAGAAUUCAGGGCUACAAAGCUUAUGCAAGCAGUCUGAAUGCUAAGACUGGUGUUAAUUCUGGUGUUUAUUCUGAUGUUCAUACUGGUUUUACUUCCAGUGUUAAUACUGGUUUUAAUACUGGUGUUAAUUUUGGUGUAAAUUCUGGUGUUGAUAUUGGUGUUAAUUCUGAUGGUCAAACUGCUUUUAUUUCAGGUGUUAAUAGUGGUGUUAAUUCUGGUGUUCAGACUUGUUUUAAUUCUGUUCUUAAUACGGGUUUAAUUAUGGUGUCAAUACUGGUGUUCAUACUGGUUUUAAUUCUGGUGUUAAUACUGGUUUGUAUUCUGGUGUUAAUACUGGUUAAAUUAUGGAGUCAAUACUGGUGUUCCUACUGGUUCUAAUUCUGGUGUUAAUGCUGUUGUUCAUACUGGUUUUACAUCUAGUGUUAAUAUUGGUUUAAUUCUGGUGUUCAUACUGGUUUUACAUCUAGUGUUAUUAUUGGUUUAAUUCUUGUGUUAAUACUGGUGUUCAUACUGGUUUUAAUUCUUGUGUUAAUACUGGUUUAAAUUCUGGUGUUCAGACCCGUUUUAAUUCUGGUGUUAAUACUGGUUUAAUUAUGGUAUUAAUACUGGUGUUCAUACUGGUUUUAAUGCUGGUGUUCAUGCUGGUUUUACAUCUAGUGUUAAUAUUGGUUUAAUUCUCAUGUCAUUACUGGUGUUCAUACUGGCUUUAAUUCUGGUGUUAUUACUGGUGUUCAUACUGGCUUUAAUUCUGGUGUUAUUACUGGUGUUCAUACUGGUUUUAAUUCUGGUGUUAUUACUGGUGUUCAUACUGGCUUUAAUUCUGGUGUUAUUACUGGUGUUCAUACUGGUUUUAAUUCUGGUGUUCAUACUGGUUUUAAUUCUGGUGUUCAUACUGGUUUUAAUUCUGGUGUUAUUACUGGUGUUCUUACUGGUUUUAAUUCUGGUGUUAUUACUGGUGUUCUUACUGGUUUUAAUUCUGGUGUUAAUUCUGGUUUCAGUACUGGUUUUCCUUUUGGUGUCAGUUCUUGUGUUAAUACUGGUUUUAAUUCUGGCACCACACAUUUUAGAGGCAGUAUGUAUUAACACUAGGGGUCAUGUUCCUGAUGAGCUUGUUUUGAUGCAACUUAUAAUACUUGGAGAACCCGGAUACUAAAGUUACUUGUUUCCUUCUGUUUCCAAACCACUUGCCACUUUACGUUACUAGGAAAAACACACUUGUUGUCUCAGUAAUACAGCAUGUACCACACAGUUAUACAAAAGAUGAAAGCACUUAAAUAGUUUCUUCCAAAUGGGAUGCCAUUUGAAUCAGGUUGUAAAUACAUUUUGGAGUGGAGCUCGAGGUUGACAUUGCCUCUGGCUCACUUCUGCUGUGUGAUCAUUUUGGUGUUUUUUUCUGUUGUUGUUGUUAUUUUUGUAUGUUUCUGUGUACUUUUCUAUAAUUGAGAAUUUUAGAAGUGUUUCCUUGAAGGAAGAACUGCAUGCUGUUGGAGAAGAGAAGUGAGGUUGCAGUUGCAGAGAUAAUGGCGAAUGAGCGAAAUGUAAGAGAACGUGUUCACACAGGUAGCGUUCUGUAACUUUUAUAAAGCUGAUCGUCCCUCAUCCUUUACCCCUUUGUGUCCAUAAAUAUUUACACUGGAUCUUAAACUGUGAAAGAUAUCUUGUUGAAUAUAUGUUGAAGAACCAGCAUUAGAUAUCCAAUCAGGUCUAGACAGGGAUCUCUUAGAGGGCUCUGGAGGAAGUGUAUUUUCUUGAAACAGGAAGAGCCAAAGGUCAGAUAAUGAAAUUCUCAAGCAAUAGCAGGUUACACCAAUCAAAGACUUUUUUUUUUCUUGGUUAGGGAAACAAUAUAGUUUUUUAAACUGCUAGGUGUUCAAUGUCAAGAAAGUUCAAAUAUAGUUCAUUCCAAAUCCUACCAAGAAGGUGUAAAAACCCCUGAAUGAAGUAUGAACAGAACCACUGGAGCUGAACUGAGCUCAUACUGAGCUGAACUUUAAAGUGAAAAAAUCCUUUAAUGGGAAUCUUCAGCAGUGCCAAAUCCCCAAGAAUUUUGACUGGAUGCCAUGUUUGAGUCUUUUGUUAUGUCUGGAUUUGUCAGAAACUAAGUUUGUUAAACAAAGUGUUGGUGUUUCACUGUAUGUUGUGGAAGUGAAACAUUUGUAAAGUCAUGCUCCAGGUCAAAAUGCCACAUCAGUGAUAGAUUUCUACACCUAAUCCAUUCUGAUUAAUAAUAUAUGUUUAUGUUUUAUUUUGUUGGUUAAGGAUUCUAGCUAAUGCUAAAAGCUAAGUGUGGGUUAACCACUUUCUAGGCCUGCUGUUGGUUUGUAGCAUUUUACAUGCUGAAUUGUUUAAAGUUGAUUUUUAUUUUUUUGUUAGCACAACCUUGCCAUCGAACCUUACACUGAUCUGUUAUAUCAGUUUACAGAGAGUUAUUUAGAGUUUUUAUGUAGAUAAUUUGUCAUUCUUAUUCUCUCUUAGAACAAGCUUCUUUUAACCAGAAACUAUAUAUAUAUAUAUAUAUGUGUAUGUAUACAGCUCUGGAAAAAAAUAAGAGACCAAUCUCUAGAUUUGAACCCUACUGAAAACCUCUGGAAUAUCAUCAAGAGGAAGAUGGAUGGUCACAUGAGCUGUUUUGAGUGGUAUAAAGUUACUGAACAGCAAUGUGAAAAACUGGUGGAAAAAAACACAUGCAAAUCAGGGUUAUUCCACCAAAUACUGAAUUCUUAAUGUUAUUUAGCCAAAGCAUUAACACAAUUUGUUUACAAAUUAUUUGCAUUUUGUUUUAUUUGAGUUAUUAAAGCUCUGCAAAUACUGCAUGAUCUUGGUUAUUUUGAUGUGUUGUCAUUUCCUUUAAAUAUACACUCUAAAUAACAAUAGUUAUAUUUUGAAUUUAGGAGAAAUAUUGUCAGCAGUUCACAAAAAAAGAAACAAAACUGUUCAUCUCACCAAUACAUGCACCUGGAAGAAAAAAAACAUAAGAAACUGAUUAUUUUGCAGUGGUCUCAUAUUUUUUUCGAGAGCUGUAUAUAUAUAAUUAGAAUGAAUGAUUUAUAUAUUUAUAUACUGAUAUUUUACUCUGGACUAACAAUUACUAAUAUGUAGCUAUAUAUUAUUUAACCUCAUGUGUACUCUGUUGAUUGUUUGUUUAACUUUUUAAUUAUUGAGACUUUAUCACUGCCAAUGGGCUGCAUAAAUACCCACUGUUUAUGCAGGGAACUGCAUCAUCUUCAAUAACCACAAGGUGGCGCAAUGGAUUUUGUUGAAAUGUCUGUUGCUUUUGAUUCUGGGAAAAUGCUGUUUCUACUGGAUAUAAUAGUGUUUGAGAUUUAUUAGUUAAUUCCAAACCUCAAAUAAAUAAAAAACCAUGUUUGACUACAGUUCUGACUA